UGACUCAGACGUAAUAUAAGGGCUCAGGCGGCAGCAGCAAUCAAGAAGAAGAAGAGCACUAGAUUGGCGGCCGGAGAUUUGGGGAGCCGUCGAGGAGCGAUUGCGAAGAAAUCAAUCGUAGCUGUCAAAUUUGUGCGCCUUCAGUGUUGAGAUUCAGAGAUAUCAUCUUCACCUUCACGCCUCUCUGAACAUGGAAGAAUCAGAGCAAGAAGAAUUGAGAAUAGAUGAGAGAUCAUUCGACCUCAUACCUAGAGACAUCCUCAGUAUGCCCAAAGAUUUUCUUGAGCUCAUGGUUGAUCGGUUAUCGAUUUCAGAUCAACUUCAGUUUGCUAGAGUCUGCAAGUUGUGCCACUCUUUGGUCUUCGAGAGACCUAAUCCUAAAGCACGUGAGACUCCAUCUCUCAUUGGUCUUAGUCUUACUGCUGACCCCACUUUCUGUGGAAGAAGAACACUAAAAGAGAUAACAUGCUAUCAGAUACAACCUAAAUUUUUCCAGCAUUCCAACCCAUGUAUUAUUGGAUCCUUCAAGGGAUGGUUAUGUCUGCAAUAUUACAAGGAAAAAUUAAUCCAGCUUGUGAAUCUCUUCUCCAAUAUUCAUCUUGAUCUCCCACCUUUGCCUACCAUGAAGAACGUUAUACCUUCUGACAAAUCUCUCUCUCUUGUUGGCCCUCCUGGGUGUGUCAGAGCUUUUGCAGUGUUAUUCUGCGCAUUUAUGAGACCCAUUAUGACUGCGAUUGUUUCUGAAGAUGGGAAGUUAUCCGUAUGUAAGAUUGGAGGCAGUGCGUGGGAACCCCAUGAAACAGAUGAGCAGUAUGGUAACGUGGCAUUUCACGAUAUGAAAUUAUAUGCUAUGAGAAAGAACUAUAGCAAGGUUGACAUAUUUGAAAUUGACCAUGAUUUGAAGCUUUUGCCUGUGGGUGUUAUAGAAAUUGACGAUGGUAUGAAGCUUUUUCCUUUAGCUUUUGUGUGUUCUUCUCCAGUUAUUAAUACUCCAUCAAAGUGGGAUCGACCAUUCCGAGCAUAUCUAGUGGUUGAGCCUCAGAAAAAUGAUCUUUUUCUCGUGAUGCGCCAUUGUAGGGAGGUUAAAGUUGAUUUUUUUACUGUUGAGUUUGAGAUCUAUAAGGUGUGUGGAGAUCGGCUGGUGAAAUUGGAUACGUUGGGAGAUCAAAUUGUAUUACUAAAUGACUCUUGCUCAGAGAUAGUUGACGUUAAAGAUUGCCCUCCGACCUCUCUUGUUCAAGGUAAUCAAAUAUGUUUAAGUAGUUCGUUGAAGGGUAAUUCGAAGAAGAAUGUUGGUAUAUAUUCUUUCAAAGAUGGAAUUGUUCGUUGGUUACCCCCAUUCAGAGGAUUUUAUUCUAUCCAUUGGAUGUUUCCUAGACUGGCUGGUAAAUGUCACUGUGAAUCCCAUAUCACAUGUUGUCCUAAAUUAUCUCAAGCAUCAAAUAGUUAGGUGUUCAUGCGCAUUAUCUCAUGUUAGUUUCUUUUGCAGUGCAAUAAAAUGUUAAUUACUUUUUGUUUGCAUCACUCUUUUACCUGGUGUGCUCACCUCUGGCACAUAGCAUGUAUUGAUGAUGUGUUCAAUGGUUUGUACUUCAUUUUAACUGCACAUUUAUUUGGAUAGAAGAUUAUCACGAGAUAUUUAUGAGAACUACGGUAUGGUAUGA